AUGGCUCAAACAAACGCCGUCACUCUCGUAGUCCCUCUGGAAUCAUGUUCUCGAUCAGAAGAUCUCCAGUCUCAAAUUCGACGCGUCAUUGCCCAAAAAGGCCACUUUCGCCAUGUUGCUGAAGAGGCUCUCCGAGCCGAGAUCCACGGCAAGGCUCCGGCCGUAGCAAAGGGAGCGAUUUCGGAAAAUGAGCCCCAUGGUGAUGAGGAUCAUACUCCUCAGAAGCGUCAAGAGCGUUUGUGGAAACGAAGAGAAGAGAUGAUUGAACGACUGAGUUAUGCCCAAAAUGAAAUCCUGUGUGCCUUGGAUUUUGUCUCGCUACUCAUAUCAAAACAAUGGGUCCCAGCUCAAGGUUCCAUGUCACCAGCGCUCAAGGAAGCAGUUCCGGUGGGCACACUCUCUGGACACACUCUAAAGAACAAAACACUUCCUGCUUCCUCAAGGCGGCUGCUGGCCUCUCUGUCGCGAGGCUGGAGAUCGGACAGCUUUCGAUCUGCCUCAGAGAAGCUAUCCGCCGCAUCAAGCCGACUGCGCAACGAUGCCGAACGUGGAUCAGAGUAUUGGGCUCAGGUAGCCAAUCUUACAACAAAUGGAUGGGCAGUUUCAAGACUCCCUCGUGACCGCAAAGCCAUCGGAGUACAUUUCGGCUUUGCUGAGUCUGCACCGCAGUUUCGCGACCGAGGAUUUGCGCUGCUGCGCCAGUCUGACGACGGGAGCGUUUACCUAGACAGGCCGUCUCAUCUCAGAGGGCGCAAGGCGCUAGGCGUGUCGGUCAUCCGCGACAACACCAAAACGGGCUAUUUUCAUUUCCGAACAGCGACAAAAGGCCAAGCAGAAGAUGUCAAUCAGCAACUGAGAGAUAUGCGAGAUUCUCUGUUUGAGGAAGAACUGUUCUACGAGGUCUGUCGAGAGGCACGUGUAGCGGCCAACCAAGGAAUUCACAGUCGUGCCGAGGCGGUCGAGAUCGACGUGGGCGGCGACUACCAACUCUCGCUCGCAUAUGAGCCAGAGCAGGAUAUUGCCAUUCCUACAAAUGCUGAAGAUGACUUGAUUGCUGAGUUUGUCGCAGUGUCUCUGCGGCUGGGACUCAAUACCGUUCACGAAGAGAACCUGAUGCAGAGGUCGCAGAAACCUCCGCCCACGGCACAGAGACCACGACUCACUACCGAACAUGCCAUAGUACGGCCGGUACUGGCACAUUUGAGACACAAGGCAGAAGCUACUGCGUUCUGGAACAGCUGCCAAGCGGUACUUCGUCCAUUCAAGCAAGCUGGCGUCCCAGUCACAAUCGAAUUUGAAAAGUCAAGCACCACAGUGUUUGAAUCACUGAAGACAUGGGCGCCGGAGAGAGUCCUUUCCCAUGUCAUGCUCCCUGCGAGGACGGGCUUCAAAGUCAACCUAUCAGAAGGGAAAAGCUUCGAAAUCGGGCUGGCGACGUUUCUGGGACCUUCUCUUUUUGGAUCACGCUAUGAAUCUACUCCGGUCGAUUUUGGAUUCUGCAAAAUUCCAACUCUAAGGCAAGAGACCAGGGAUGCUGCAAUCUCAUCGUUGCGCCACAUGUUGACGCUGGGCCUCGUUGCGCAUAUUCAAGAAGCUCUGAUGACGCAGGGCAUGGCCGCCAUGCCUCAUUCAGAGGUCAGAUAUAACGGGUGGGCAGUGACACAACCUCAUAAUGGCGAACUGAGUCUGUAUGACACAGGCCAGGUCCUCAGAACUCUACAGAUUGCUGUGCAGGCCGAAUGUAUUGUUCUCAAGGUGAAAAAUGUCGUCGACACAACAGCGAUGGAAUAUGAUGUAUGGACGUGGAGCUUUCGAGGCUGCACAAAGGCCAAUGGGAUGGGAGUUGAUAGAGAGAGCGGGUCUUUUGAUCAAGUUGUCCUCAGAGUACUGGAGUAG